AUUGCAUGUUAUUCGUGCAAGAUGGCGACGUUGUGGCCGCCGUUUUGAGGAGAAGAAGCGGGACUGAGCAGGAUUUUGCAUUGAGUUUACACUUGAGGAAUCAUCCGCGUCGUAAUCAAUUACACGGACGUACGGAUCGAAUCUUAUCACCGAUCACGCAAUCGCCCGAUAAUUUCUAGUGAACGCGAUUAAUCUUAUAGAGCCACGGCACUAUGUCGGACGAGAAUAAGGAAACGAAAACAGAAUCGGAGCACAUAAAUCUGAAGGUGUUGGGCCAGGACAACGCGGUAGUUCAGUUUAAAAUUAAAAAGCACACACCCCUUCGCAAAUUGAUGAAUGCAUACUGCGAUCGUGUGGGUUUGGCGAUAGCAGCAGUAAGAUUUAGGUUUGAUGGACAACCCAUAAAUGAAUUAGACACACCUACUACAUUGGAAAUGGAAGAAGGAGAUACAAUAGAGGUGUACCAACAGCAGACAGGUGGUUUUUCGUGUUGAGAUUGAUUGUAUUUACAAGUGGACUAAAUGAAAAUUACCGUUCCAGCAGUGUUUAUUAUUAACAGAAAGCAUCAUUUAUUUUUCUUUUUUUUUAAAUCUAUUCUGCUCUUCAUGAUCGAGGAUUUCAAUCUAUUACAUAAUGCCCAAGAUUCAUUUAUAUGUACAGACUUAAUUUACAUUUAAUUUAAGAGAGAUAAUUUAAUUUUGUUGAUUUUAUUUGUUUGUUUUCUGUCUGUCGACAGUAUAACUACUAUUUUAAAUUAUAUAUAUAUAUUUAUUCUUUGAUAUUAAAGUACACAUGCAUUAUGCCAUUGCUUGAAAUCCUCGUUUGUCGUAAUGGCCGUUUAUUAUAAGUUUUAAGACAUUCGAAUACAAUCGUACACACGGUUGGCGUGAAAAUGUUUCGUUAUUGUCAAAGGAUAGAUGAAAACGAGAGAAAGAGAGAAAGAAAGAAGUGAAACACAAGUUAUGUAAAGGAACACCCGUUGCAUCCCCUCGUCGUCAAGAUCCUCUAAAAAUCUCGAGAUUCCCCUUGUACAUGAAUUUUCACACAAAUUUAACAUUGUAACAAUUCAACUUGAUAUAUUCUCAUGAUAUCUUCUUUCUAUAUUUGUAAAAGAUGUAUAGGAAAACGGUGUGUACAUUUUUAUUACUACGUGAGUAGCAAAUGACUCCAUUUUCGAGAUUCUGACUUCACAAACUCGAAUUUUGUACCCGUGCUAUCAGUAACUAUAAUUUCUACGUGGCCCACGUUACUUUGUACAUGAGCGAGAAUAAAUUGUGUUAUCUUUUUUAAAAGAAA